AUGGCUGGUUAUGAUGCACAGAGAGUGCCCAGUGCACCUGGCUAUGAUGUGUCGAGGGCGCCUGGGAACAAUGCGCAGAGAGGUCCCAGAUACAAUGCUCAGAUGGGACCUAGCCACGACAUGCAGAGGGGAUCCAGUUAUGAUCCUCAGAAAUUGCCUGGUUAUGAUGGACAGAGAAGACCUGUUUACGAUGCACAGAGAGGAUCUGGAUACGAGGCACAAAGAGGACCAGCAUAUGAUGUUCUGAGAGGACCCAGUUAUGAUAAGUUGAAGGGUGCUGGGGCUGCUGGCUUUGAUGCUUCAUCCAGAGGCACUGUUGGACUUCAAGGGCAGGCAGCACCUGUGAACAACGUGCGUUACGGGUCUGCAGCACGAUCUACUCCUACCGGAAGUGGUUAUGAGGCUCCUCCACUCCACCACAAGGUGGAAAAACCUGUCCCUAGAUGA